UUUUCGACCUUGCUGCAAAGCAAUUAGCAAAACAUGCUGCUCCGCUCCAGCUGAAAACGCAAACAACUGCAAACUUUUCGUCAUUCUUAAUUCAAAACCUUUUUGACCAAAAUGUGGCGAUUGCCAGGUCGCCACCUGGGCCGGUUUGGGCGCCAACUCAGGUCGCAGCACGCACUGGCCGGUUUGAAGGAGGGCUCGGAAGUCGAGGGUUUUGAGGUGACCCAGGUCACCAGGGUGCCGGAACUUUUCCUCGACCCUGUGGUGCGCCUGGAGCACAAGGGCACCGGCGCCCAGUACCUGCACCUCGCCAGGGCCGACGACAACAACAACGCGUUUGCCGUGGCCUUCAGGACGUCGCCCAGGGACAGCACCGGCUUGCCGCACAUCCUUGAACAUGUCACCCUCUGCGGCAGCAAAAGAUAUCCAGUGAGAGACCCGUUCUUCAAAAUGCUAAACCGGUCGCUGGCCAGUUUUAUGAACGCUAUGACGGGGCCAGACUUCACCGUCUACCCUUUCAGCUCUCCAAAUCAAAAGGACUUCCACCAACUUCUAUCAAUUUAUCUGGAUGCGGUUUUCAAACCUUUGUUGAGAGACAUGGACUUCAGUCAAGAAGGAUGGAGGCUGGAGCAUGAAGUUGUUGGAGAUCCGAACAGUCCGCUAGUGUUGCGAGGAGUGGUAUUCAACGAGAUGAAAGGUUGCUUUGCUGACCCUCAGGCUCGUCUCCAGCAGGACCUUUUGUCUCACCUCCUGCCGAGUGACACUUACGCCCACGUUUUCGGUGGAGAGCCCCUGUGCAUUCCGGCCCUCACAGCCCAAGACCUCCGCAACUUCCAUGCUCAGUGUUAUCACCCGAGCAACGCAAGAAUCGUCUCUUACGGAAACUUCCCUCUUGGAGAAACUCUUCAAAGGUUGCAGGAAGAGCAGCUUGCCGGCUUCACAAAACAGACCCCAGUGGCCUCUGUCCCGAGAGAAAAGAGAUGGACCGAGCCAAAGAGGGUCCAUGUUACAUGCACCCCCGAUCCCCUUGGUGCGGCCACAAAUCCUGAAAAGCAAUCGACCUUAGCUAUGGCAUAUCUUUGUGGUGAUGCAACCAAUGUUUAUGAGACUUUUACUCUUCAGGUUUUGUCAGAGCUGUUGCUCGGAGGGCCGACGUCUGUUCUGCACAGGGCCCUGAUCGAGCCUGGAAUUGGUGACGGAUUUGCCCCAUGCACCUAUUUUGAAGCACAAACCAGAGACACCUUCUUCUCUGUUGGUCUGCAAGGUGUGGCCGAAAAGCAGUUUGACGAAAUCCAAGACGUCACCAAAAACGCCCUGUUGAGUGCAAGAGACAAAGGCUUUGACUCCGAGCACAUCAAGGCCAUUCUGCACUCGAUGGAAAUUGGCGCCAAAACGCAGUCGGCCAACUUUGGUCUCAACAUGGCCCUGGGAAUUUUACCAUCCUGGAAUCACGGAGCUGAUCCUGUCGAGUGCCUAAACCUGUCUGCAAAUGUGGCGCGGCUUAGGAAGCAGCUGGAAAAUGAACCGAAAUUUUUGCAGAAUCUACUCGACCAAUACUUGUGCUCCAACCCUCACGUCCUGACCAUCACAAUGUCCCCUGAUGAAGGUCACAGUGAAAAACUUGUCCAGGCUGAGAGCAAAAUUCUAUCGGACAAAGUUUCUGUUCUUGAUGAUUCUGCCAAAGAUCGAGUCCUGGAACUAGAAAUUGGUUUGCAGAAGGAGCAGAUGAAACCGUCGGAUACCUCCUGCUUACCAACCCUGUCAAUGAGUGACCUCAACCCUGAGCCUCAGAAGUACAUUUGCAACAAGACAAAGAUGGGCAAAAAAGAGAUCCCCGUUCACAUUUUUCCUCAGCCUACAAAUGGAGUGACUCACUUCAGGGCAUUGCUGGACACUUCGAGGAUCAAUCCUCAACUUCGGGACACCUAUUUGCCCUUAUUCUUAGCCGUGGCCACCAGAAUGGGAACCAAGAAGAACGAUUAUCGCCAGUUCGAUCGAAAAAUUCAGCUCUGCACCUCUGGUCUCGGCAUGGGCAGCCACAUCAUUGAGCACCCAACUUUAAAUGGACAGUUUCUCGAUUCUAUCCUUCUUUCUUCAAAUUGCCUGGACAGAAAUUUGGGCAAGAUGAUGGAUUUGUGGAAAGAAUUGUUGCUCGAGCCGAGUUUCACGGACAGGGAGCGACUGGAAACUUUGGUUCGGGCGACAGCGGCCGAAGUGGCGAAUGGGGUUGCCUAUGGUGGUCACAGGUAUGCCAUGCUGAAUGCCAGCAGCAGACUGACCACUGCCGGAUCAAAUAGAGAAAAAGACUCUGGAUUGACAUUUAUUUCCCAAAUGAAGCAGUUUGCAUCUAUGGAAAAAGAGGAAAUGGAAAACACAUUGAACAAACUUCAGGAGCUUUCAAGCAUUCUUUAUGAAAGUGGUCUGCGAUGCUCCGUGAACGUCUCACCUGGAGAAACUGAUUCUGCUUUGAAACAGUUGGAAUCAGAUCUGAUCUCUAGUCUGCCAAACCCAGCAUUCAACAACAUGUAUCGCAAAAAUGAGCUGAUUCAGGACGCUGGCACAAAAAGCUCACAGCACCAUGUGUUGCCCCUUCCGGUUGGCUACCUCGGCAGGAGCAUCGCCACUGGAGUUCCGUAUCUUCACCCAGACUUUGCAUCCCUUCGAGUCGCAGGCCAGUUAUUGUCUGCACAAUACCUGCACUCAGAAGUGAGAGAACGAGGAGGCGCUUACGGAUCUGGAGCUGUCAUGAAUGCCUCGGGCAACUUCUCGUACUACUCUUAUCGCGAUCCAGAGGCGAGCAGAAAUACCCCCAAUGUGUUUAACAACUCGGCGUCGUGGCUCCUUAAUCCAGACAACUAUAAGGCUGAGCACGUGGAUGAGGCCAAAUUGAGCAUUUUCCAGAAGGUCGACGCGCCCACGGCUCCUGGUGAUCGAGGGAUGAGCCUUUUCCUCUCGGGGGUCGACUUGGAGAUGCUGCAGCGACACAGGCAAGCAGUCAAGUCUGUUAGGGUGGAGGAUGUUUUGCGUGUGGCCGCUAAGUACCUGGACCAAAGAGAAAAUCCACUCACAAUGGCAAGCUCGUUAAUCGGCCCGCCUUCCAGUGACUUGGACGAUUCGUGGGAAGUCUUAAAUGGCUGAUUAAUUUAGUUUAUUAUUACAUAAAAGCAAUAAAUUCGUAAUGUCACUGAAAGCAAUUUAGCGUUUU